UGUAAAUCAGGGGCUCGCUAUUGUGACGACGAAUGACAGCAGGAGUAUGUCGGCUGAUGACUAGCAUCCUGUACGGCAUGAUUCUUUCCCUUGCAUCCGUUGAUGGACACAGCAGGCUACCUGCACACAAGUGCAUUUAUAAAAGACGAGAGAGGGUUAUGACAAUGCGACAAAAUUGCAUCACAACGAAAAACUGCCUGUGGUUAACAUAGGAACCUGAUUUCAUUUCUUUUCUGAAGUCUUGCUACUUCAGUAUCAAGUUUAAUAAAAUCACCGCUAAUGUACCAUGUCCAGAGGUUUAGUGCCACUACUAAGCGCGUCCUGUCACUUCCGCAAAUGAAGAGGGGCAAUUUGAAACACUCUACGUCUUUAAAUUCAAGAGACGCAUUAUUCCCUUUAGAAAUUGAGUCACGUGUGACGCUAGUCACCCACCCCCCUCCCCGUGAUGUGGACACCGGUAUGAGAAGGAGUCGCGGCCAGUUAGUCGUCGGCGCCAGUCGCUCGCACGGAGCACCGCUGACUUGUCCCCCGGCGCCUCGUUCCCUGCUGCAGCUUUGGUCUUGCUGCUGUCUUUCCCGACGAGGAGCGGCACAUCCUUCACUACUGACCUCAUGGAGUCGGCAAGCUCCCCGGGGCCCACUGUCAGGCUGUAUGAAACCGCCAGCCAAGUGCCUCCUGCGCAAACACCUGUUACCAGCAAAGCCCCGCCGGACUCUACAACAUCUGUCGUGGUACAUCCCGGCGUCCUGGACACAGAGCUUAUGACCUUUGAGAUAGUCAAGUGGGAAUGGCAGUACGUGCAAGGACCCUACCUCAUAGUGGUGUGGAUCAUGGUGGCCAGCUUGGCUAAAAUCCUGUUCCACCUAUCCUAUAAAGUGACCAAGAUUGUCCCAGAAAGCUGCCUGCUGAUCAUGCUGGGCUUAGGUCUGGGUGGCAUAGUACUUGCUGCUACAAACAAACCUGAAUAUCAGCUGGACCCUAAUUUAUUCUUCCUCUUUCUGCUGCCUCCCAUUGUGCUGGACUCUGGCUACUUCAUGCCCAGUAGACUCUUUUUUGAUAAUUUUGGGGCUAUCAUGAUGUUUGCGGUCAUUGGCACAGUCUGGAACUCCUUUACAACAGGGUUUGCUCUCUGGGGAAUCAAAAUGUCUGGACUGAUGAGUGACAAAGUGGACGCUGGGCUGAUGGAUUUCCUGCUCUUUGGCAGUUUAAUCUCUGCUGUGGACCCAGUGGCUGUUCUGGCCGUCUUUGAGGAGGUCCAUGUCAAUGAAACUCUCUUCAUUAUUGUCUUUGGCGAGUCUCUGCUGAACGAUGCUGUUACUGUGGUGUUGUACAAAGUGUUCAACUCUUUUGUGGAGAUGGGAACCAUCAAUGUUCAUCCUGUUGAUUAUUUUAAAGGCAUUGCCUCCUUCUUUGUGGUGAGUGUCGGUGGCACUAUAGUUGGACUCUUCUUUGCCUUUGCCCUGGCGCUCAUCUCCCGCUUCACCAAGCGAGUCCGAAUCAUUGAGCCACUCUUUGUUUUCCUGCUGGUAUACCUGGCAUACCUGACUGCGGAGAUGCUCUCUUUGUCCUCCAUCCUUGCGGUAACGUUUUGUGGUCUGUGUUGCAAAAAGUACGUUGAAGCCAACAUCUCACAGAAGUCCCGCACCACUGUCAAAUACACCAUGAAGACUUUGGCCAGUAUUGCUGAAACAAUCAUUUUCAUGUUCCUUGGGAUCUCUGCUGUUGACACAUCUAAAUGGAUCUGGGACACAGCCCUGGUGCUGUUCACUCUGCUUUUCAUUCUGGUGUUCCGAGCCAUUGGUGUCAUUCUCCAGGCCUGGGUGCUGAACCAAUUCAGGAUCUACCCCUUGGAUAAGAUCGAUCAAGUGGUGAUGUCAUAUGGGGGACUCAGAGGAGCUGUUGCAUUUGCGUUGGUAAUCUUGCUCAAUGGAGCAAAGGUCAAAGCAAAGGACUACUUUGUAGCCACAACUAUAACAGUUGUCUUCUUCACAGUCAUCUUUCAGGGAUUGACCAUUAAGCCACUGGUGAAGUGGCUCAAAGUAAAACGUGCUGACCAACAUAAACCAACAAUCAAUGAGGAAAUUCACGAACGGGCAUUUGACCAUAUCUUAGCCGCUGUGGAAGAUAUUGCUGGACAGAGCGGGUACCACCACUGGAGAGACAAGUGGGAGCAUUUUGACAAGAGAUACCUGAGCCAGCUCCUGAUGCGAAAGUCAGCCUAUCGGAUUAAAGAUGACAUCUGGGACGUCUAUCACAAGUUGAACGUGCGAGACGCCAUCAGCUAUGUUGAUCAGGGGGGUCACGUCCUGAGUUCUGCCAAAAUGUCACUUGCUUCUAUGCCCAGUCGGACAUCUUUCUCAGAAAACUCUGUCACUAACCUGAUCCGUGAGAAUGGUAGCGGAGUGUGCCUGGAUCUUCAGGUAAUUGAUACCGUGAGAAGCAUCCGAGACAGGGAAGACACAGUUAUGCAUCACGUCUUGACGGGAAACCUGUAUAAGCCACGAAAAAGGUUCCACUCCAAUUACAGCCGACACUUCAUCAGUGCAAAUGAGCAAGAAAGGCAGGAAUGUGAGGUGUUCCAGAGGAAUAUGCGACGCCGGCUCGAGUCUUUCAAAUCUACCAAACACAACGUGUACCCCACCAAAAGCAAGGCACGUCACAAAAGGGAUAAAAGUCAAAAAAAGAAAAACAAUGAUGCAAAUGACACCAUUCCCAAUGGCAAACCCAGAAGAAACAUCAGCUGGCAAAAUCCAGCUCCUAUUGCUGUGGAAAUUGAAUCUGAAGAUGAAGAGAAUGACAAUUCAGAGACUGAGAAGGACGAAGGAAUUACCUUUGUAGCUCGAGCUGCUGAUGAGGUCUUUCAGGAGAGAACACCAUCAAGUAACUUAGAUGUAUGCCAGAGCCCAUGUGUCAUUCCCCCAUCACCGACAUGUGCAGAGAAGGAGCUGCCUUGGAAAGGUCGGCAAGGUGACUUACCUGCCUGUGUUUCCUCUGAGACAACCAAGAUCGUGCCUCUUGAUAUGCAGCAAGCAUGGAACCAAAGCAUCUCCUCACUGGAAAGCCUGGCAUCGCCACCCAUCACUGAGAUUCAACUGCAGCCCACCCUGGCAGAGCUAGAUGAAUUUCCUUCCCCCGGACCAACCCCUCUCCACCUAGCCCGGUUUCAGUUUCCUGAUAGCACUUUGACUACCCAACACAACAGCGAUGAUGAAAGUCCGGACUCCAUCCAGCAGCAAGAGCUGCAGCCUCUCGUGUCCUAUGAGCGACCCUCCUGGCUGGGCCAGUCGGCCAGCUCUGCUGGCACCCGGUGGCCCGUUCAAUUUAACAGGGCCAGUAGAGUUUCUCUCCUCAAAAAUUUGGUUUCUGGCUCAACAAGUAAUCUCGGUGGACAGUCGUCCAGUAGCCAGACAGAUCUUUAAUUAAAGGACCAUUGUUUAUUCUAUGGUACUUAAACUGAGCACUUUAACAAAACAAAGAUUUUGGAUUUUUUCUUUACGCAUUCUUUUUAAUACUUUAUGUGGAUUUUCUAAAAUUAUUUUUAUUGAUGUAUAUGACACAAAUCCAAAGUUAUAUUUAAGACAAGGCGUGUUUGUUGUUAAGGCAAAUAGGACGAGCACAAAAAACCUACACACAGACACUUAAAAAGGAGUUACUUCAUUGCAAAUUAGAGAUAACAACUGUUAAGUUAUUAUAUUGUUCAUAAUGAAUACACUUCAUAAAUUCAGAACUAUCCUUAUAAUUAUUUGUUUUUUUUGUCUAUUUUGGUAGAUAUCAUUAACAGACUUACAAUUAGGCUUUUGUGUUUCAUGUCACUGUUAGACAAAUAUAUAGAUAUAUAUAAAUGGAUAAUGAUGCACUUUGAAAAUGAAAGCUCAGUGCCUUCUUUCAUGCACCUGGUCCAUAAUGUGUACGCUGCUAGGACAUAAAUGCCAUUUUUCAAUAACUAAUUUUAAAAAUGAUAUUUUAUUAUAUUCUAUCUGUAUACACACACAC